CGCUGAACGCUCCUCAGUUGACACUCCUCAGCUGUCAGUCGCGCCAUGGCCGCCUCUGUCUAACCACAACAAAGUCCGGUGGAGUCUCCAGCAUGUCUCACGUCCGCGAUUCCCGCAGCACCGUGAUCGGCGUUAUCAGCGCGUCAGCGUCGCGCCUCCGCAGCCGCCCCUCCCGAACAUAACCUCACUCUCCGUCAUUCGCGCAGCGCCAAGUUCAAAGCCGUCUUUCUGAAGAGAUGCAGCAGCGAAGGCAUCAUGGUGUUGAGCACGGAAUGGUCGCAAGUUGAGAUAAUCGAUUUGGUGAACGAUGGCUCGGGCUUGGGGUUCGGGAUCGUGGGAGGGCGCAGCACCGGGGUCGUCAUAAAGAGCAUCCUGCCCGGAGGGAUAGCGGACAAGGAUAGCAGGCUCCAGAGCGGCGACCACAUCCUGCAGAUCGGGGACGUCAACCUCAGGGGGCUCGCUGCUGAUCAAGUUGCCACCGUACUGAGGCAGGCUGGGGCACAGGUCAGAAUGGUGGUUGCCCGUCCCGUCGAGCCCUCGUCUUCGGACUUCCAGAACUUCGGCUGCUCGGCACCGAUAGUCCCGACUAAGAUCCUCACCGACCCCGAGGAGCUCGACCGCCAACUCCAGCAGAACGGCUACGCCUCCUUUUACACGUACAACGACCGCACAAUCUGCGACGACCUCGACCAGACCGACCUCAACUCGGACGCCAAUCCCCUUACCUACAACUCGCUGGACGUCGCCGUCAACAAUAACAACAACAACACCAACGACUACUCGCCGGUUAAUGAUGGCCAUGUCGUGAUCAUACCCGCGGAUAUCGAGUACACCCUGCCGGAGACGGACCGCUUCACCGUAGAGCUGAACAAGAACGAGUACGGGUUGGGAAUUACGAUAGCUGGGUACGUGUGCGAGAGGGAAGACCUGAGCGGUAUUUUCGUGAAGAGUUUAAACGAAGGCAGUGAAGCUUACAAGUGCGGAAAGAUAAACAUUAACGACCGAAUCGUGGAAGUUGACGGACAAUCUCUUCACGGUUUUACGAAUUAUGAAGCUGUAGAGAAGAUUAAGCAAACUGGGGGGAAGGUCGUGCUGACUUUCGAGAGGUACUUAAGAGGGCCGAAGUUCGAGCAGCUGAAGGAGGCGCUCGCGACGCAGGAACAAAAGGACUUAAGUCCGCCGUCGCCCUCGCAGACGACGCUCAGCUGGAUCCCGAUCGAGGCGUCAGAGAGCCAGAUCGAGCCCGAGGGCGAGUCAGUCCUCAGCGUCAACAGCGAGAUCUACGAGCAAAACCCCGAAAACAAGGAAAUCUUCAUCGAAGAGAACUUUGAAGCCAACCCCGCCGACGACCUCGAAACCGCGACAAAGAAAAAGUGGGAGGUCAUCGUGGGGGACGAUGUCGAAAUCGUCGUCGCCAACUUAACCAAACUCAAGGGUCUGGGCAUAAGCUUGGAGGGCACCGUCGACGUCGAAGGAGGCGUGGAGCUGCGCCCCCACCACUACAUCCGCUCGAUCCUGCCCGAGGGCCCCGUGGGCCUCAACGGGAAAUUGUCUUCCGGCGACGAACUGCUGGAGGUGAACGGGCAGAAACUCCUCGGGAUCAAGCACGUGGACGUGGUGAAGAUCCUUCGGGAGCUCCCGAACACCGUGCGCCUCGUCUGCGCCCGCAAGAGCGAGAGCGGCGAGAACCGGGUCAUCAACACCUCGCAGGAUAGGGCCGCGUUCGAGGCCAGGAAUAUCCUGGGGGGCAGUUUGAAGAACUUGCUUCCGCAGCCGGAGCAGCGGCUGCUCAAGGCGCUGAGUGACACGAGUUUGAACACGUCGAGUACUGUGACCGUCACGAGUGAGCCGAGUUUGCAGAAGGCCAAGUCGCGGUCUCUGGAGGUUACGAAUUUGGCCAUGUGGUCGGACGAGGUGGAGUUUAUAGAACUGAUCAAAACGGAUCGGGGGCUGGGGUUCUCGAUACUGGACUACCAGGACCCGCUGGACCCGAAGGGCACGGUUAUCGUAGUGCGCAGUUUGGUGCCCAACGGAGCCGCUGAACACGAUGGCCGCAUCACACCUGGUGAUCGCCUCAUCAGCGUCGACGGUAGGGUCAUCAAGAACGUGACACUAGACCAGGCGGUCCAGGCCCUCAAAGGUACCCUCCCUGGCCCGGUCAAGCUGGGCAUCUCCAAACCCUUGCCUAGUUCCAGAGCCAGCGAGAACCCCAGCACCGUAGGCUCCUAAAUCACGAAAAAGUGUAUAUAACAUAUUUUAGUACUUGGAUUUUGGAUAAGCACAAUCACUGCUGCCUUUUUGAAUAUUUUUCCGUAGAUAAGUCAAUAAAUAGGUGAUUAGAACGAAUUUAUAAGCUGUAAGGCUUCAAGGGCACAAAUCCGUAUGUAUUUUAUAUGCAUAUCAGCGAGGUCACGAAGGGCGGGAAUCUGCGGAGGCGUGACCUAAUCGGACACGCCCACUUGCGAUUCCGGCCACUUCCGGGUUUUAAUGCUCUAGUCGCUAGAUUAAGGGAUUCUAGUGAUAUAGACGGUUGUAUACAGGUUCUCGUGUUCGGUCACUAGUGCUUCAUCGGUUUCCUUCUAAGAGCUGGUUCUUCCAUAAAUCAAUACGUAACAAGGAAUUCUAUGCACAAUACUGGUUGACGAAUCAGGAAUUGACACUCGAUGUUUUACGUACACCCUGUAUAUAAUUACGUGUGGUGUUAUAUGUUGCAUUUAUUCUUGUCAGAGGCGAGUUGUCUCAAACUGUCUACUACUCAUUUAAAAUUAUUUAGUUAGUCGCUCGAGGAUUGGUCACUUUUCAAAAAGACCGAGUUUGAGACGACUCGACUCGUCUCCUAUGUCCGUGCCAUAUAUGUUGUGAUUUUUGUUUGGUUGUGUUUGUAAGACUGAUUUAACAAACAUGGAGGUCAAUAUUUAA